CCGCGCAUUUCCUUUCAAGCCGCACUGCAGGAGAUUGAAUCCCCCAAUUUACUAUAUCCGUCCACUGAUCACAUCCGUACUUCACUACAUACAAUCAGCAUAAUGGCUAACGUCGCUCUACUCGGUUCUACUGGCAUGGUGGGGAGCUGCAUUCUCACCAGCCUGCUCAAGAACCCCUCUAUCGCCCGCGUGGACACAAUCUCCCGCCGCACGCCGCAACCUGCCACGGCCGCGCCGCAGGAGAAGCUCACCACCUUCGUCUCCGACGACACCUCCAAGUGGGCCGAACAGCUCGCGUCGCUGACCCCGACCCCCAGCAUCUACAUCUCCGCCUUCGGCACCACCCGCGCCGCCGCCGGCGGGUUCGACAACCAGUACAAGAUCGAGCACGGUCUAAACGUCGAGACGGCGCGCGCGGCGCGCGACGCCGGCGUCAAGGUGUACGUGCUGAUCUCCUCGUCGGGCGCCGACAAGGGCUCGUUCUUCGCCUACCCGCGGAUGAAGGGCGAGAUCGAGGAGGAUGUCAAGGCGCUGGGCUUCGAGCGGACCGUCAUCCUGCGGCCCGGGCUGAUCGGCGGGCAGCGCGAGGAGAGUCGCCCCGCGGAGGCGGUGGUGCGUGGGUUCGCGGGUCUCCUGGGCAAGGUCCACUCCAGCCUGAAGGACGGAUGGGCGCAGGAUGCCGAUGUCAUCGGCCGGGCCGCGGUCAAUGCCGGGUUGAAGGCGCUGGAGGGCAAUGUCCCUACCGGUAGUGAGAAGGUCUGGACGCUGCAUGGCAGCGAGAUCCUUCAGUUGGGUAAGGAGUAGAAGGACGGAAACAAUCUUUGAACGGCUUGAUAGCACUGCACUAGUUGGCUUUCCGGAGUUGGUGCAUUACUAAUUUGUGUAUUUUUACGGGAACCGAAAUUGUGAUUGACGGACUGGACUGGACUGGGAUAGGAGUUUGAAGUCAACCAUAUAUCUCUUAAUACGACUAUCGCUA